AUGGAGAUCCAUGAAUCAGGUGGUGGAAUUAAUUAUACAGUAUCCAAAACGUCGGCUGCGGAUGAAGCCACUCUGUACAAUCUUCUCAGGCAACGGCUUUUGGGGAUGAUUCGUAAAGGUACAACAACAGUUGAGUGUAAAACGGGUUACGGCUUGCACUGGAGUGUCGAAGAAAAACUACUGAGGGUUCUGAACAGAGCGAAAAUGGAGUUACCUAUGGACAUAUCAAUAACCUUUCUAUCAGCACAUUCAGUUCCCAAGGACUCAAAUGCAUCUGAGUUCACUGAGCAUAUUGUUUCUGAACAGAUACCAAAACUAAAGAACCUAAUUCAACAAAAUAUAUCCGUGGACAACAUUGACGUGUUUUGCGAAAAAGGCGUGUAUGACAUCGAACAAAGCGCCAAAAUACUUCGAGCCGGUAAAUCGAUUGGACUCAACCUCAACUUUCAUGCCGAUGAGCUUUCGGAUACAGGAGGAGCAGAGCUUGCUGGUCGGCUAGGUGCUCGGGCUGCCAGUCACCUAGAGGAAGCAUCCCCGGCUGGUGUUGCAGCAAUGGCUGCCAGUGGUACAGCUGCGGUUUUGUUGCCAACCACAGCCCACUUACUUCGGCUACGACCUCCAUCUGCACGAGCAAUAAUACAAGCCGGUGUUCCUGUGGCCUUGGGAACGGAUUUCAAUCCAAACGCAUACUGUCUUUCAAUGGCGAGUUAUUCUGGUUAUAUGGUUGUCCAGUCUCAUUUAUAA